AUGGCGCCGCGCUUUGGCGUGCCGCCGGCGUUCCUGCUGCUUCUGCUCCUCGCGCUCGACCCCCUGCACCGCGCCAGCGCCCAGGCCGCCGGCCGGCCGAGCUGCCCCGGCCUUGAGAGCGGCUCGCCGUGCGGCGAGGCGUGCCAGGCAGCAGUGUGCGGCGCCCUGCUCGACUUUUACGAUGCCAGCGGCGGCGCCACCUGGCGCGACGCCGCCGGCUGGCCCGACCUCGCCCGCCAAGGCUGCGCCGCGUGGCUCCGCGCCGCCGCGCCCGCCGCGCCGGCCGCACCCGCGGCGCCGCGCUACUGCUGGCGCGGCGAGCUCGCGGGCGUCGCCUGCUGCCUGCCGGGCCGCGGCGAGCGGCCGGAGGAUGCCGCCUGCCCCUUCCCCUGGUCCCUCAGCAACCUCAGCCUCAUGAACAACAACCUCACGGCCCCGGACGGCGGCGCCCGCGCGUGGGCGGCGCUCGGGCGCCUGGCGGCGUGCGGGCUGCGCAGCCUCGUGGUGCAGGGCAACCAGAUUGCGGGGCCGCUGCCCGCCCGGCUUCCGAGAUCGGUCGAGGGGUGGCUGUGGGAGCUGGAUCUCUCGGAAAACCAAAUCUCGGGCACCCUGCCCCCGGGCUGGGGCGCGCAGCUGACGCAGGUGCGCCACCUGCGGCUGUCCCGCAACCGCCUGGAGGGGCCCAUCCCCCAGGCAUGGGGCGGCAUGCGGCGGCUGGAGCAGCUGUACCUCGGGUCCAACCGCAUCCAGGGCAGAGGCAUCACGGGCACCAUCCCCGCCUUCAUCGGGGCCCUGCCCCGCCUCAAGCACCUCAACCUGCGCUUCAACAAGCUCACCGGCACCCUGCCGCCCGCGCUGUGCGACGCGGCGCGGCUGGCGGCCCCUGGUGGCGGGCUGGAGGUGCUUCACGUGUCGUCGAACCGGCUGGUCGGCACCCUGGAAUGGAUGGCGGGAUGCGAGGACCUCAUCACACUCGAUUUGGGGCACCUGGGGACCUAA